AUGAAGCUCCUGUUGAGCCUGGCCGUGGCGCUGACCACACUCGGAGUCCUGCGCUCGGCAACGGACGUCAACAUCAUAUCAGAGGAAACUUUGAAGCAGCUGUCCCAGGCCGGAGAGAAGGUGGUGGAAGAGGAGAUGAAGAAGGCCAUGAUGGGAGUGAUGCAGAUGAGAGACGUGAUGAUGAUGAACCAACAGAAACAUGAACAGCUGAUGAAGUCUCUGCAGAGGAGCACCGACAAGAAGAAGGAUGCGGAGCAGUUGUCGAAGGAGGUGACGGAGAAACUGACGGAGGCGGAGCAGCAGUGUAAGGACUCUCUACAGUCUGAGUGGGACGAGUGCAGGCCCUGUUUGGAGAACGCCUGCAAAGACUUCUACACCUCCACCUGCCGUAGGGGCUACGCCGCCUUCCACAACAAGGUACAAAACUUCUUCAGCACAGUGUCCAAGCGCUUUGGCCCCCAGCAGAGCGGUCUGGAGGCUGGGGACAUCCUGGUGAACCAGGAAGGCCCUGAACCCACCGUGAGGCGCAUGGAGGAGUCCUUCUCACUGCUCAUGACCCGAGUGUCUGCUGUGGUAAACCGCAGCCUGGCGCUGGUCUCACAGAUGAAAGGACGAUGGGACCAGAACCUGCUCAACAGAUUCCUUAACCACACCGAGGACAAGAGAGCGCUGGAGAGGGACAUGGCCGACCCCUUCUCCUCGGGCCGGGACUCAGGGUUCCUGCGGGGCGUGGGGCUGGACCAGGUGCUGGACUCCUUCUAUGACUUUGGCCGCAGCGUGGCGCAGGAGUUUGGCUCGGUGGUGACUCAGGUGUUCGGAGAUGUGAACGAGGCUGUGGAGCAGGCAAAGAAGACAGGGAGAGAAAGAAUUCCUCGUUUCUUCCAAAACAGGAGACUGUGCAGGGACCUCCGCAGACAGACGUCAGAGUGCUGGAGGCUGCACACUCAGUGUGAGGCCUGCCAGGGGGCGCUGCUCUCAGAGUGCCCCAGUGUGCGCGAGCUGCACGUGGAGCUGGGGGAAGUGUCUCAGCUGCUGGACACCUCCUCGCUCCAGUACGAGGAGGUUCUGUCCAUUGUCCGCAGACACGUGGACGAGACCCUGGAUUGGCUCUCCAACAUGGCGUCCGAGUUCAGCUGGGUCUCCUGGUCGCAGCGCUCCAGCAACUUGAGCCUGCCGCAGAACAUCUUCAGAGUCACCCUGGUGACACCAGAGAGCCAUGAGGAGAACCUCCCAGUGCAGGACAUCAAAGUGCAGGUGAGCGUCCUGAACUCUGCCCCACUGCUGCUGUCUGUUCCCGGGGAGCUGCAGCUGCAUGAGCCCGCCUUCAUCCAGUACGUGACCCAAGAGGCACUGGACCACUACAAGGACAGCGUCAGAUUUGAAGACGCGUAA